AUGCGGCUGCACGAGCCCAGCGCGGUCGUCCUGGUGCGCAACAGCGGGGCCCUCACCGUGGUCGGCGCGGCGGGCCUGAGCGAGGCCCGACAGGCCGCCGAGCUCGCCGCCCGCAUCAUUCGAAAGGCUAUCGGCCUGACCAUCGACACCUUUCGCUUUCGCGUGCGAUCGAUUAUGGCCCGCUUCAACGCGUGCAGCCCCAUACGGCUGGACGACCUCGCACACCACAGCUUGGAUGCGCGGGAAAGCAUCGGGGUCGGCUCGAUUUCCUGCGUCUACGAGCCGGAGCGAUUCAACGGGUGCAUCGUGCGCCUGGAGGGAACAUCGGCAACGAACAAGUGGGUAGUAACGACAACGGUCUUCGUGACCGGUAAGAUGAGCAUGUUGGGUGCGCGGAGCAUCGAAGAGCUCCGUUUCGCGUUUGACACGAUCGUCCCGAUUUUAAGUAAGUAUAUAGGCAGCACAGGGCCAAUGGACACGGCGACGUCUAAAGGGCUUGCUCUAUUGGUUUCCACUACGGGGGGAAACUGA